GUUUAUCUAUUCAUAGCCUACGGAUGCAUUCAAGAAAUCAAAAACAAACCUUCCCUUAUAUGUAGGAAGACAUCGCGGUCUUUUCGAUGAGUUCUCACAUCGUCACCCCAGGUCCAUACAGGGCCACUAAACUGUGGAAUGAAGUAACUAAGCUUUUCCGAGCUGGGAUGCCUUUGAAGAAGCACCGGCAGCACUUCAGAGUUUACAUGAACUGCUUCACUGCAUCAGCAGCUGUGGACUGGUUACAUGAACUCUUGAAGGACAACAGCAAUUUUGGACCCGAGGUCACCAGACAUCAGACAAUCCAGCUGCUGAAGAAGUUCUUGAAGAACCAUGUUAUCGAAGAUGUGAAGGGUAGAUGGGGCAUGGAAGACCUGGAGGACAACAGUCACCUGUACAGGUUUCCAUCAACAUCUCCACUGAAGCCCAUUCCUAACCGUGCCCCCGUUUUGAGGAAAAAAAGCACAUCUAUGAUGGACAGGGAGAGUUUCUUCAGAUUCAGGAGAUCUAAGAAUUUUGACAAGGAGAUAUUGGAAAAUGUGGAUCCAGAAACACAAGAAUCUGCCAUGGGAUCAUCCUCAGGUGAGAUGAAGCACUGCAGGGAACUCACAGAGGACGACAUUCAAGUCAUCUGGAAGAAUGUCACACUUACACAUUUGCAGAAGUUGGUGGGAUCAGGGGCUCUAGAAGAUGUUUUGGAUCCAGCCCAAGUCGAUCCUCAGUUUAUUGUGUAUAAUAUGACCAAAGUCAAUAAACAUGGAGUCGUUUCAUUGGAAGAUAAGACAGAUGAUUUGCCGCCCUGGGUUUUGUCUGCCAUGAAAUGUCUUGCGAACUGGCCAAAGUAUGACUCAAACCAGCCAUCUUACCCAGGCUUUGAGCGGGAUGUGUUUAAAACAGUCUCCGACUAUUUCUACAGUCUUUCUCAGCCACUGCUUACUUUUCAGUUCUAUGAACUCUUUGUCAACAUCCUGGUUAUGUGUGGCUACAUCAUGGCUCCUAAAACUCAACGAGGAAAGCGUAAAAACCAGGAGGAACCCAACUGCCCACAGCCAGCCAAAACCCCAUAUGUGAAUGCUGCCAACCUGUUCAAAUCGACUGAAUGCCUCCUGCUGAGCUUAAUGAGAAAAGAGGCCUUCGAUGAAGCCGAUUCGCCCAUGAGGGAAGUUUUCAGUUCAAAAGCAGAGACUAAGUUAGAAACCCAUAAAGCACAGCAGCCCAUUUUCAGAGGUAGAAGGGCCAGCGAUGGACCCCGGCUGGACCAAUGCUAUCUAGAAAAUCCUCAGGCUCACAAAACAGAAGUCCCAUAUGGCAGGCUUCGGUCAAGAAGUUGCUCUUUGGAGGGAAUUGUUGAUAACCGUUCAAAGAACAGACUUCUCAGAUCAUCUGAAAGUCUACAGUCCUGCAGCAGUGAUAAAUCAUCCUCUCAAACAGAUUCUCCUCUAGACCAAAACAUCAAAUUUGAGCUUCAAGGUUCCUCAGUGUCCAUAAACUCUUGUGUUCAAACUUCCAGCAACAACCCAAGCUCCCAACUUCCUUCUGAUCUUCACCGAACCAACCAGAGAUCUUCCAGGGCCCGGCCUAGAAGCAUGGCUAACUUGUUUGACAUAGAGGAGAAUAGAGAGAUGUGUUCUAGCAGCUUUAGCAUCCACGCUCCUGUGGCUGAAAUUACCAUGAGACCAGAUUCCACAUCUAGCAUUGGCCUUAGAGGUCCUGGCUUGCUCCGUUUGCAUGGAAGUUGCAUGGACAUUAGGACAGGUCCGAGCUUUAGCAGACGCUGUCAGAGCUCUCUGGAUCUGAGCAAACCUGCACCCACUUGGCCCCCUUCGGCCCCAUUAGCACGCCACCCCGAGCAAAGUUUAUUGCAGCCGUCACUGGAGCGGGUGGCCAUCGAGGCCCUGCAGCUCUGCACAUUACUCCUGCCGCCCGCCAGCCGCCGCAAACUACAGCUACUUCUGCGAAUGAUCUCACGCUUGAGCCAGAACGUGGACGUGCCGCGGCUGCAUGAUGUCAUUGAAACACGGACUUUGUUGGUGCAGACUUUCUCUAGGUGUGUGUUGAGCUGUGAGGAGGUGGAUGAUCUGGACGAGCUCUUGGCUACAAGGCUGUUAUCGUUUCUCAUGGAUCACCAUCAGGAGGUCCUGGAGGUGCCUGUGUACCUGCGUAAUGCUGUGGAAGAUCACAUCAGUUAUCUCAAAUCACUGACCACAUUCCGAGGCUCCAGUGUUGCCAUGCCGACAUACUCGUUCUGCAGGCAGAUCAGCACUCAGCAGUUUGAUGAGCAGAAACUCUCUUUGUCCCAGACUGCUCUUGCUGACCUACUGGAGAGUAUCAUAAAGGACAAGACCAUGUCUGUGAAAGAGAAGAGAAAGAAGCUAAAACUGUUUCAGAAGGAAUAUCCUGACAUCUACUUGAGACGUUUUCCCACAACAGAGAGUGAAGCUCAGCUUUUUGCAGAUAAACCAAAGAUUAAACCGCCAAUGCUGUUAAGCAUCAAGAAAGCCAAAACCUUCAGUAUUCGAAACUGAAUACCUCUUAAAAUACUCAUCUUAUUCUGGGAGCCUGGUUAAGGUUAAAAGACAUUUAGUUGAUCUGUUGCAGUAAAAGGGCUGACACUGGAACGCAUCAGUAUAAUCUGAACUGUACUUUUUGUUGAAGUGAUUUUUUUGUUUUGUCUUUUAAGUUUCUUGUGGUAUUUCUUUCUAGUGAAAUGACUUUUAUAUCAGUUUCAAUACAGAUGGCUAUUUUAAUGUUAUUUAUUUAAGGUGUGUGAUCUACUGUAAGUUAUUGGGAGCUUUCGGAUAUUCAGUGUCGUAAUAACUGAAUCAAUAAAAAAUUUGAGGACCCACAGCAAAUAUUAUGCAAAUAGGCUUAGCAUGCUGUUUACAUGUCUUUUUGAAAUAAAAAUGAAGAUUUUA